GAAACUUCAAAAAUUUAACGUUUGUACAUAGAAUAAGUAAACAAAGCCGUUAAGUAUGGAUUUAUAUCGCUGAUAAAACGCCUUUUUUACUCUAAAAUGUAAUCCAUCAUCUCAAGAACUCACAAACUCCAUAUCAGUACUGUGUGUAUGAAAUGAAUUAAAAAAGAAACCGGUACAAUGUGUUCGAACAACGAUGAAACCGAUCUAACCAUCGUCGAAAGAUUCAAAAGGGAUUACACCGAGCAAUUUUAUAUCCUCGUACGAAUGCAUUUGUCCUUCCUGUUAGACGUAAACACCGACGAUAACGACAGCUUACCUGAAAAGAGAAUAAAAAAAUGGAAUUUAAUACCGUUCGCGAAAAAGUCGAGGCUACGAAGCACCCUAGAAGGUUCUCAAUUGACCCAAGACACUAUCAAUCAAAUAUUCCAAUUGAUAGGGUUCUUAAAGGACGAAGAAAAUAUAAAAAGCGAAGGGAUAUUUCGAAGGACCGGUUCCAUAGAAAGGCAACAAGAACUUCGGAGUUUCUUGAAUCAAGGUUCUACGUUAUGCUUAGAUAAUGGGAAUUACAGCGUACACGAUUGCGCGUCCGUGUUAAAAGGUUUUAUACAAGACUUAGCCGAUCCUUUAUUAACAGAAGUACAUUUCCCCGUCUAUUGUCAAAUAGCAGAACUGUAUGAUCUCAACCAGCCUUCGACCGAACCGGCUUUAAGAGAAUCCAAAUUAUUAGAAGCCCUUCAAUUGCUCAUGCUGCUCCUACCUUCGGAGAACAAAUUAUUGUUCAAAGAGCUGAUGGAAUUGCUGCACCGCACCGCCUCGUACGAGCCCCAAAACCGAAUGUCCCCAGAGAAUUUAGCCAAACUCUUCACGCCCCAUUUGCUAUGCCCCCGAAGCCUCACCCCUACGUUGCUGCUGAAAGUAUCCAAGCCUUUGUUCAGCAUCGUCGGUUUCAUGAUAAACAAUCACUCGAAACUGUUCGAAAUCCCCGCCAAGUUAAUCGUGGAAUUCCACGCGAAGUACGAGCGAAAGAGGUGCUUCAACGAGUCCUCGGCCGACGUAGCCAGUACAGUAUUCACGUUCGUCGAUAGAGAACGCACGGCCAAAGAGAACGAGGCCAACCCGACCGAGACCGCCCUGGCCGAAUUGUACGCGCACAUUCAAAGCCUGCCGGAGUCUUCUAAAAAGCGGAAACUGGUCAAGCAGUUCAAUAAAGAGAACGGGCACGGCACGCCGCAGGCUCUGAAGAACAGCAAGAACCGGAGCAUCGGGGAUUCGAUCAAAAAGCGCAUAUUUCAGAGGCAUUUGGCCGGUAAAAAGAGGUAUAUCAUGAAAGGAUCGGCUUCGUGCGAUAGCGCUUGCGAAAGCCCCGUAGGCUCGCCUCUGAGAGCCCGGCUCUUCUGCCUGCACGACGGCGACUCGCCGGAAUCGAUAAAAAGGCGAAAAACGAGCAGGAGCUGCGAGGCCUUGGUGCUCGAACGCCCCGAAGAAGACGGCGAAGGUAAGGAGAGCUUCUCGGAACCGGAAUGUCUACCUAACCGCAACGUGUACCUAACCAGCACGCCGGCAUGUUUCCCGUCGAAAGCUUGCGACGAUGUUUUCACGCCCGUUUCGAAAGACAGGGCUUCCAUGUCGCCCAUUACGAUGUCCGCCCAACGGAUGUCCAGGGCCAUGCAGGAAACCAUGAUGACUCCCAGAAGCAGGAAACCCGUGCUACUUCUAUCCGGUACGAAUAUAAACGCGCUGCCAGCGGAACCGGCUCAAAUGGAACCGAAUAGAGCUCGGGUAGAGGUCGAUAAGAGCGAUAACGAGUCGGAGGCGGGUUUGAGCAAUACGUUCAAAGAGUAUUUGAGCAGCAGGAGAAUGGUGGCUUUGAGAGAUUCGAGUUUUUCGAGCAGAACGGACGAUUUCGAUUCGACGGAUUUGGGAGACGGGGAGCUCUCGGAUUCUUUAAUGUACUGCUUGGACGGGAACGAUCCGGACGGGCUCGGCGUGAUCGAAGAGGAACGACGAGGGGACGAGAAGGAAUUGGUGCUGAAACCGAAGCAAUUUGACGAGAAUGGGAAACCUGUUAUUUUCGAAACGUCUUUUUGAUAGUGCUUGUUUUUUAUAUGUAAAGGGUCUCUACAGGGUGAGGUAUUGGCGUAGCAAUGCUUUGUACUGGGUGUUCCUUAACGUACGUUCAAACCUUUUGAGAUACAGGGUGGUUAAAUUGUAUAUUUCACCACCCUGUAACUCAACAAUUAAGGCAUACUUUGAUUUCCUUUAUCAUUAAGGAACACCUUAUACUUGCCCAUUAU